AUGUGGCCAUGUAUAACAGCCUUGGACCAGCGACAAAUACGCGGGACACGCAGAAGUGUAGCGUCUGCCGACAUCGAAGGAAAAAGCCCACAUGACCGCGACUGGGAGAACAGUCAGCAGAGGUGCGACUUCUGCGAGACCCAUCGCCUUCCGUGUGGACCAAAUGUGAGGUAUAGCGAGGACCUUGCAGUCAUCCGGCGGCGUGAGGUGGUGUUUGGGAAUGCAAAUGCGGGCCGCAGCAGUCAAGCAGGAGAAAGACACUCAGAAGGACCAACAGCGCGGUCAGCGCUAAACGUUCCUGCUCCUGCCACGCGUUCUAGAAGAGGAAGAAACGUGGGCCCGCCGGAUGCUGGUAGCGCCGAAGAUGGGAGAGAGCCGUUUGGCACUGAGUCCAUCGCGGACCUUGAGGAGAAGGCUUUCUCAAAGUACGACCUCGCCAGCGUUGAAAGUACCCAUUGGAAUAUACUGAUUCGUGCAUCUGUUCUCAGGGUUGACGAUUUCCACGCUCUAGGAACCACUUUAGCAUACGUGACUCAGCCCGCGUUUGUCUACUGUCCCUCUCAUCGAGCUCAACAACCGUAUCAAGACUUGUCGAUCGAAGAAAAACUACAUGAGCUUUCUAUAAACAUAUAUGACAUCGCUGUCGAAGCUAGAGACCGAAAUGAAUCUCACCUGGCCCGAUGGAUACUCUUCGACCUUGUAUUCGCUUUGGACCAGUACCGGUUGUUCGACACACGGAAACGAAAUAUUUUGUUGAAGAUAGCACGUAUGUUCCAAGAGCUGCGUCAUCCAUGGCAUUAUGCACAUGUCCUCUUGAAGAUCGCCGGCAUGUACAGAGGGCCAGCGUUGCCUACUCAGGAAGGCCCUUUCCACCUGUUGGCCGAAUCUUCCCACCUGUUGGCCGAAUCAUUCCCCACCUCUUCAAUGUCUAUCAGGCGUGUCCUCGUAAAUCGUUGGAAUGAGACAGUUGGUGGUAUUCAUGUUGACUCGAACCUGAAUGUGCCACCUCUACAUGCCGCCGUACAACAUCGAAACCCGAGCAUCAUCCUGGCACUCUUGUCAAACCCCAAUGACUGUAGCUCCACGCCGCUAGCCCCGCCCCUGACUAUGCCAUCGAGGGUGGGCCAAGUGAGAGCCGACAUAGACGAAAGGGAUCUUAACAGUCGGACUGCUCUGUUUGCGGCAGUCGCCAAUGGAGACGAGCCUUGUUGCUCUGCUCUACUUUAUCACGGGGCCGACGCCAACAUUCGUGAUGACCAUGGGCACACUGCUCUCGAGGUGGCAGUCAGAAGAGGCUAUCUCAACAUUGUGGACCUCUUAAUCUAUUACAAGGCGCUUGUGAAUCCUGAUAUCACAGGUUGCUCGUCUCUGCCAUUGCACGCCGCCAUCGAGAGCAGCGAUUUGAGCAGCAACUUGCAGCUUAGGAUCAUCCACAGACUACUAGAGUCCGGUGCCGAGGCCUAUCUUCGAAGACACGCGGACAACAAGCACGCGAUAGAUCUUGCUGUUGACCGAGGAGAGCACGAGCUGGCAGAAAGCAUACGCCAGAGGGUCCCCAGCCUGAGCCAGAGCCACACUCCUUUCAUGGGCCAAAUCAUCUCUUAG